GUUUACCUUUGAAAAAAAAACCAAUUCAAUGAAUCUUUACUGAAAACUAACUAAAGGAUAACUUUCAUUUUAUUUGUUACUAAAUAUCGUUCGGGAUAUAAUCUGAUUGCUACAAUUAGACUAGUAGUGGUAGAAACCAUUAAAAACAGUCUGCAUACAAUUGGUGGUUCUUAAUACUUGAAUUUAACUUCGUUAUGGAUACGAAUCAAAUUAAUUAUAUAAUUUGGAGAUAUCUGCAGGAAUCAGGUUAUUCACAUACACAGUUCGCUUUUGAACAUGAAACAGAUGUUCAGAAACUGGACAAGGCAUGGGGCCUGACCUGUCCUGUCGGAAGGCUUGUCCAAAUUUUACAAAAAGGUUUACAGUACAUGGAAAUAGAGCAGCAUUGGAUAGAGAAUCCUCCCCCAAGUAUAAAAGAUGGAAUAUUAAAUCAAGAAGACAUGCAAAACAUCAAACAUCCUUGCAAGAAUGAUUUUCUCUUAACCGUUCCUCAUUUCUGUUACGAUUCCAAUGUUGAUAGUGUUCAAAUUGCUAACGCAAACGAAAAUGAAAAUGACGGGCGUAAGGAUUCGGGUUUAUUAGAUACUUCCCAUGACCAGGUAAUUGCUUUGGAUACUCCGGAUAUUCACAUGGAAGAUCAGUCAGCUGAAACUCCUUCUAAAGAACCUUUACUAUUUACAGAAAAAGAGGCGACCGCAAAAACUGGUAUUAUAGACGAAGAAAAUACUCAACCGGGAGUAUCUUCUUUGGGUGGAUCAUUGUCAAUUUCGGAUAUCAUGUCUAUGAGGCAUGCUGUAACUUGCGCAGAUUGGCAGCCGACCAAUUCUGAAAGAUUCGUUGUGGGAAUGAUGAACGCUGACUUAGUUAUUUGCAAUCUUGGUGUCGUUCCUAGAGGCUUUUACGGCUCAAACUCUGAAAAACAAGACGUUACUAAUAUUGCGUGGAAUCAUUCGGGAUCCUAUUUUGCAUGCUCGUUUUUUAAUGGAGCUAUCGAAUUGUUUAAUGAUUAUGGCUCCCAACAAACCAUAAUUCAAGAAACCAACAGCCCUGUACUAACGCUAAAGUGGAGUGAAACCGAUACAUACAUAGCGGCUGGAUCCGCUGAUGGUCGUGUUGUAUUGUAUGAUUCUUUAGAACGUUCACUUGUAUACUUAGUCGAGACUUUUUCUGCGAUUUUGGAAAUUGAAUGGAUUUCUGUAGAUACUUUUGUCACUGCUGAUGCAGAUGGGAAUAUGAAAAUGUUUACUGUUCGGAGCAUGAAUCCGAUUUUUAAUGUUUUAAAGGCACAUGAAGCUUCCAUUUUGUCUUUGCAUUAUCAUCCACACUUCUUGUUAUUAAUAUCUUCUUCAAGCGAUGCUACCGUAAAGUUAUGGUCACAGUCGAACUCUGAAUCAUUGCAGUGCAUGCAUACUUUCCCUUUCAAUUCUCCUAUUGAAUGUAUUAGUUGGAACGUAGGAAGUGGGUCUCCUAUUUUUGGAAUUGCUUCUAAUAGCAUUGUCAGUUUAUAUAACGCCAUUUCGUUGCAACAACUCUCCGUGUGUAUGAGGCAUGCGUCUCCUAUUACUUCGAUUUCUUUUAGCAAUAAUGGACGAUUGUUGGCAACGGGUGACUCAAUCGGAAGUCUUUGUAUAUGGGACUGUAAAUUAAGUAAGCUAGUACAAGAACUGGUUCCCAAAGAUUCCUCAUUAGCUACUCUUACAGAUAGUCAAUCCGAGGAACAGAUCAAUUUUAUGAAGUGGAGUCCUGAUGAUACGCAUUUAAUUAUUGGAAAACAAAAACAGGAGCUUAAUAUCUGUGCACUUGUUGACAAGGGAUUUGAGAAAUAAUUGGAUUAAUGAAUUUUCAUCGUUAUGUC